UUUUGUGACUUAAUCAUGGUGAUUUUUCUCUUCCAAUCACAGCGUUCUGGUGGGGCAGGGUUCGACAACUGCAAAGGAACCCUCGUUUCUGAGUAUUUUAUCUUGACAGCAGCUCACUGUUUCACUAUCGACGAUACGGCUGACCAGAUCAGAGUCACAAUCGCCAAGCAAGAUUAUACUGUGGAAAACAUUCUACUCCACCCAGAAUAUAAGAUCGGAAAACUGGCAGAUCGCGGAAUCCCUGAAUUCUAUGAUUAUGAUGUUGCCCUGAUAAAACUUCAGAAAAAAGUUGAGUUCAGUUACAAUGCAAGGUGAGAUCUCGCA